AUGGCCAUUCUGGGUUUGGAAUAUGUCGGACUGGGCUGUCGUUAUUUCGAGCAACGGAAAAUGGAACCGUCUUCGUAUUUUCAGAAGAUCUCGUGCACCUCCUACAAUCCGCUAGCAGGGAUCGUUGGCUACUCCGAAAGAGUAAAAGCGCCUGAAUUUGGCAUUUUUGAGAGCGUCCCUGGGGAUGAAGGGCAAUCCGGGGCAUCAGUGAUUGACUGGACUAUCGAGGCCCAUAAAGUGGUGGACAAUACUGUUCAGUUUGAUUCAACUUGCCAUGGCACAGGCCUUACACCAUGGCUGGUUUGUUCCACGUCCCGUACGGGUUUGAUGCCGGCAAGGAGAUUUGAAGAGACCAAGGGCUAUCUAUCCACCUUGCGCCAGGGCUCAGUUACAGCCAGAACGCUUCUUCAUUCCUCUGUGCAAUGGUUGCUCCAGGUCUUCCUCACCUUGUCCGUUGUUCCCCCUCCCCUCGUAGAUAGGUUUGAUAUGUUCAGAAGCCAGAGGAGCUCUUUUUUCCGCCAAGGACUACAAAUCGCGCUGUUUUGGAGCCAAUAUCACCCCAUCUUCCCACAGCUCCGCCAUUUCGCCAUCCAUCCUCGCCGUCAUUUUCAUCUGGGCCCUUUUCAACCAGAUGCAGCAGGAAAACAAGUGCUUAUGGCUGGGUCCCGUAGGAGUCCAGUGUUGAGAGACCAGUGGAGAGGCGCCGGUGACGCUGGAGACCAACGAGGCCGUGAGAAACAUAGGCCUCGGGGCUCUCACCGUGAUAGGGGAAGGGACAGGUUUCGCGAUCGAGACCGUCGUCGAAGGCCCAAGGAGGCCCGACCUGAUUAUUCGUCACGGUCGCCGCCACCACCACGUCCCUUCCCCCAGUCAGACAACGAUCCUCAUCACCGUGAAUUUUCUCCUAAUAUUGCUUCUGCUCGCGGAUCCCCGGGGCCUCCAUAUACGGACAUCCACCCCGGCCAGAAACCAAGUCGCGAUCAUUCCCCUCCCCCAGCAGAUCAUCAGGGUCCAGAGUCACACCUCAGGACAGCCGAGAGAGAUUAUCGCAAAGACGACUCUCCACCGGGGCCGCCUCCUUCGAAACGCAAGAGAACACGCAGCCCCUCUCCGGGAAUUUAUCAGAACCACCCUCCUGCUCGCCCGCGCCAUCCACUUUCCUCUCAGGGGGACGAGUUUGACAGGAGUCUGCCGCAUAAUAAAAGACGAGGAGGGCGUCUACCCGGCCGCGGCAGGGCUGGUCGAAGGUUAUCACCGCGGCGAGGACGAGACCGCCGAAAGAGCGAAGGAGGUCGGCGAGGCUCACCACAACCCAGGCACUCUAAGUCCCCUGGCUGGGGUGGCAAGCCAUACCCCCCUCGGAGACGGUUUCGUAGCCCUGGACCGGAGGACGAUUUCGAGGAGGCGUCUCGCUAUCGGUCCGUUUCACGUCAUUCCGUGGGUUCUAUGAACUCUAGGCUAUCAUCCUUCUCACGUCGUGAAUCAAAAGGUGAUUCCACGAUGUACCCCCCUCGACCUGGCCAUAUGGGGGGAGGGAAUUCCUUCAGGUCACCCUCGCCAUCACGACUGAAUCCUAACCCUGAUGCAGACACAGCCAGUAUUUCUGCGGAUAUAGGUGGCCUCGAUACUCGUGCCUCACAGCGACGCCAACCGUCGCGAUCGCAUACUGACACGCGACCAUACCUAUCCUCGCCCCAGUAUGCUACUCCAGCCAACUCCCACCACGGAUCUCCUCGCUCCAAUUCACCGCAUUCUGCUGGGCGGGGCAUACGAGCUGGCCACCAAGCUUUAUAUCAUAGCCAACAGGGGCAAAGUAACCCAUCCAUAAACGCCUCCCCAAGUUAUUACUACCAAAAUCAACUACCCUAUACGGCAUCAUCAAAUCAAGGCUCAUCCCAUGCGUAUCGUGGUGGUCAUUCAGGAUACCGUGGUAACCACCGUGUUACCGACCGUCGAUUCUCGGCGUCCGGGUCCACAGGAGCCCCCUCUCACGGCAGAGGUCAGUUUGGUAGCCCACAAUGGGAUCCUUCGGACUCGCGAAGCCGAGCGGGCCCCUCCAGUCCUCCGCCACCGCAUAGGCCGCUGUCAAACAGCCCCCCCCCUCCUCCCCCUGAUCACCACUUACGUCAAGGCGGAUAUGAUGAUGAUGCCAACUUCAGACCCUCAAGCAAAGACUCCCGAGUGGGAGAUGAAGUAACAAAACGUGGGUCAGACCAUGAGAGCUCUCAGACACUACCGCCUGAUAAUCCCCCCCCGGACACGUCUGCCACCCCAAAUAAAGGUGGCAAGAUUAGCUUUGCCUUUAAGGCUAAGACAGGCCCAGCUUCGGCUCCUAAACCUGUUCCCGAUUUAGCACAGCGGAUGUUAGCUCGAGAGCCACCCCCCCGGGUCGCUGAGCCUCCACCUCCGCGCAACCGAAUCCCAACAGGACCACCGCCCAGAUUCAAACCUGAUACACGCUUUGACCGGCGUGAUCGAGAUCGAGACCGAAACCGGGAUCGGGAUCGAAACAAGGGCAGAAAUGAUCGAAGGGAUUUCCGAGAUCCUCGUGGUUUCCGUGAACCUCGAGAUGGACGUGGCCCUGAUCGGCGAGACGACCGUCGAUUCGAUAAUCGGCCUGAUCGAAGGCGGAGCGACCGAGCACAAGACUUCCGUGCGGAGCGCCACCGGGAUCGCUCUCCAGAGCCAGUAGUCAAAAGAGCUAAGAUUAUGGUCAGGCCCAAACCACGUCCUACCAUUUCUGAGGAAUUCGCUAGUUCAGAUUCUGUAUACUAUCGCAAGCCAGGGAAUGAAUCUGUGAUUGGAGCCGGCACGUAUGGAAAGGUCUUCAAAGCAAUUCACGUCUAUACGCAGAACAAGGUCGCGCUCAAGAAAAUACGCAUGGAGGGGGAGAAGGAUGGAUUUCCUGUAACAGCCGUGCGAGAGAUCAAAUUACUUCAGCACCUCCGGAAUCACAAUGUUGUGAGUUUGCUCGAAGUGAUGGUUGAGAAGAACGAGUGCUUCAUGGUGUUUGAAUACCUUUCACAUGAUUUGACUGGUCUCAUAAACCAUCCUACCUUCACACUGACCGCCGCUCAUAAGAAGGAUCUCGCGAAGCAGAUGUUUGAGGGCCUAAACUACCUUCAUCAUCGAGGUGUUCUCCACCGAGAUAUCAAGGCUGCCAACAUUCUCAUUAGCAAUCGGGGACAGCUUAAAUUUGCGGACUUUGGGCUGGCUCGAUUCUUUUCCAAGAGCCGACAGCUCGAUUACACCAACCGUGUAAUCACAAUAUGGUAUCGUCCGCCAGAGCUUCUUCUAGGAGAGACCAGAUAUGGUCCCGCUGUGGAUGUUUGGAGCGCGGCAUGCGUUUAUGUCGAAAUGUUCACGAAGAAAGCCGUGUUCCCCGGAGAAGGGGGAGAGAUCAGCCAGCUAGACAAACUUUACAAUGCUCUAGGAACGCCGACUCGGGCGGAAUGGCCAGAUAUUGUCGAAAUGCCUUGGUUUGAACUCAUGCGACCAAUCGAGCGGAAGAAAAGAAUCUUUGAAGAUGCGUACCGUGAUACCCUAUCACCCGCGGCGCUGGACAUGGUGUCUCAAAUCUUCCGUUACGAUCCUUCUAAACGGCCAACGGCUGAAGAAGUGCUUGCUCAUCCUUAUUUCCAUGCGGAGGAACCCAGCCCUCAGCAACCCACUGAAUUGGAGAAUAUGGAAGGAGACUGGCAUGAAUUUGAAUCCAAGGCGCUCCGAAAGGAAAGGGACCGGGAAGCCCGUCGGGCAGAGUACCAGCGGGAUAAGGAGAAACGGAAAACGAUUCCUCCUGGUCAAGAGGAACGAGAAGCAAAACGCAUCAGGCCGGAUGCAACUGAUGGCCCAACGCCUACCGUGCAACCAAGUGAGCAACGGUAUUAG